AUGCUAAGCAAAAAGUACGCAACCUUUGUGCUAUUUGCCAUGUUGGGCUACGCAAAAGCUUUUCCGGUUUUACCGAUGCACUUCUUUUUGCCUCAUCAUGAUGAAUUGGAUGAAUUUGGCGCUCCCGUUCACCAUUUGCACGAUGAUCUCUACGCUGAUGACGUAGAUCAUGAUGAUCAUAAUAUGCACGAUCAUGAUUUCAAUCCGGCGUAUGACUACUACAUGGAUCACGACAAUUACGAUCAUGAUUAUUCAGCACCUGUGCAUGAUCCUUCUGUUCAUACCGAUCAUGCUUAUUAUAGUCAUAGCUAUGGCAUUGAACCAUCAGUGAACGCAAUCGAACUGGACGUCAAUGCUCAUCAAGAUCGUCAUCAUUUAGCAGAAAUGGCACGUGAAUCUAUGUUUGCAAACAGUAAAGCAAGUCACGGUUUUGAUGCGACGAUGGAUUUCUUAGAUGGCGUUCAUCAUGACCACCUUCACCAUGAUCAUCGAAAGGAUGGUCAUCAUGCAAGUGUACAUGGUGUAAAGGAGCAUUUGUAUAAUGAUCACCAUCAUCCUCAUCACGCAUACAAAGGACAAAAUGGUGCAUAUGAUCAAUUGUACGAUGAACAUCAUUAUCCAUUAGAACACCACCAAGAUCAUGUUGCAGACCCUCAUUCAUUUGACUGGUUCCAUCAAAAUGUCCAUGGAUCAAAUGACGUCCAUGAAGCACAACACAGAUUUGUCAAACGUGACUUGGCCAGCGAAAGCGAAAUAGCAUCAGCAUCACAUCCACUUGCAAAAGAUGAUCUAAUCCACAAAGAUUUGCAAAAGAACGAUACAUCUUCAAGCACAAAAGUUGCACUUGCUUCCACUCUAAUCGGAGCUUCACCUAAUCCGUUGGCGACAAAGAUUCAUCACGCUUCAUCACAGAGACCAAACAAGACCCUCUAG